AUGGCCCCCAGCACAAAACGCCCCGCCCCUGCCCCUACCCCCGAGCACCCCCCAAAACACCCACGCCGCGACAGCGACGGGAGAGACGAGAGGGACGACUCCCCGCCUCUCUCCUUCAUCGCCCAUUCGCACCAGAGUAUCGACGGGAGCGCGUAUGGUGAUCCUGGGGCAGGUGUUGGUGUUGGUGUUGGAGGGGAUGAUGAUGCAAGAGCGAAAGCCGCUCGGAAGGAGGCUCGUACAAUGCGCAAUAGAGAGUCCGCCCAACGGUCCCGGAACCAGCGCAAACAGCACCUCGUGUGGCUCGAGAAACGCGUGGUAGAGCUGGAGAAUGAGAACAAGGCGCUCAGAGCGUCGUCUCCCGCGUCCCCUGCGCCUCCCGCGGGUGCACAGUCCUCUUCCCUCUCCCCCUCCCCCUCCUCUUCCAGUGGCCCCAGGGGACAGGGUGGACAGGCUGUCAAGCGCGAAGCCAGCCCAGCACAAAGCGUCAUCUCUCUCGCGACAGACUUGGGCCUGCCGACAGAGCUCGUAUCAGGCGGCUCGGGCGUCAACCUUUCGUCCGUCGCGCCCCCGCCUAAGGACUUGGACUUGGACCUCACCCCCUCUGCCCACGCUCUGCCAUGUGGCGUGCCGACCUCGCCCCCGCCUUCUCGCGCGGAAGGGGAAGGGGAAGCGGAAGGGGAAGGGUCGGACGAUAUCAACGUCCUCCUUUCCCAGAACCGGGAUCUCCGCGAACGCGUCGGUCUCCUAGAAGGGUUGGUCAAGCAAGUCGUCUCUCUCUCUUCCUUCUCUUCCUUCUCUUCCUUUUCUGGCGUAUCCGGCUUGGCGCCCUUAUCCCAGCCCGACGUGCCAUUCCCAUUCCCAUUCCCAGUCUCGGCCUCGGGCUCGGGAAACGAUUGGCCCACCCUCCUACCCUUACCCAACAUGUCCACCUCGGGACUGCAGGGUAUCGACUACACCUCGGGGGCGGAGGGGAUGGGGGGGAUGGGGGUAUCGCCGCCGUUGUAUACCUCGGUCUUGCCGGGUACAGUCCUCACGCCCACGUCACCGUCUUUCCCCGGACUCGCUUUAACUCCCUCCCACCCCGCCUCCACCUCUCCCUCUCCCUCUCCCUCCUCCACCUCUCCCUCUUCCUCUUCCUCCUCUUCCCACCUCCAACCAAACCCCCUCCCCUCUUCCUCCUCCUCCCAACCCCAACCAAAACCCCUCCCACCAAAAAAACAAGACUCAGACUCAGACUCGUCCACCAAGACCAAGACCAAGACCAAGAACACCAAGAACAAGUCUUGCUCCCAACCAUCCCCCGGCGCUUGCCACUCGGCAGUAGUGUGGAAACACGCGUUUGGGUCUGACGAAUCUGCGGAUUUGAGUGUAUCCUCCUCCACCGGCUCUACCGCUACCGGCUCUACGGGCUCUACCGGCUCUACCGGCUCUACCCAUGAUCCCGCUUCGAGAUUCGAUUUCGACGUGGAAGCAGACAUGGCGCUGGGCGGGUUGGAUAUGGGUAUGGGUAUGGAUAUGGAGGGGGGGUUGGAUAUGGAGGAGGGCGUAAAGCAGUGGGAUUUGGAGAUGGAGAUGUUGCUCCAAGACCUCGAGGGGCGGGAUACCGGCUUGGGCUUGGGCUUGGGGUUGGGGUUGGGAGGCGGGCUUGAUGGCUCGGUCGGUGUUGGUGCCGGGCUUGGGACUGGGGGUGUACUGGUUUGA